AUGGCAGCCGGUGUUUCCAACAACACCACAAGCGAAGACAUCAUCAACGACAACACAGUACAAGUGGCGUUCUUUAUGGUGUAUACCACCAUAUUCGUGAUGGGGAUAUUCGGUAACGUGCUAGUAUGUUACGUGGUGUUUAGAAACAAAGCCAUGCAAACAGUGACCAACCUGUUCAUUACGAAUCUAGCUUUAUCGGACAUUUUACUGUGCGUCCUAGCUGUACCUUUCACCCCCUUGUAUACCUUUCUUGGAGAAUGGGUGUUCGGCAGAGCCAUAUGCCACCUAGUGUCGUACGCGCAAGGUAUCAGUGUUUAUAUAUCGACCUUAACGCUGACGUCUAUCGCGAUAGAUAGAUAUUUUGUAAUUAUAUACCCGUUUCAUCCCAGAAUGAAGCUGUCUACUUGCAUCCUAAUCAUCGUUAUCAUUUGGGUAUUCAGCAUGCUAGUAACGCUACCUUAUGGCGUUUACGUGAAGCUCAUACCGGCCGAAUCCAAUUCCGAAAAGUUUUUUUGUGACGAGAACUGGCCUAGUGAGGAUUGGAGAAGAACUUUCGGGGGUAUUACGACAGCCAUGCAGUUCCUAAUACCGUUCUUGAUUAUGGCGUUUUGCUACAUCUGCGUAUCCAUGAAACUCAACGACAGAGCAAGGUCCAAACCCGGUUCCAAGAAUUCUAGGAAAGAAGAAGCCGAUAGAGAAAGAAAAAAGCGCACCAAUAGAAUGUUGAUAGCGAUGGUAGCUGUGUUUCUAGUAUCCUGGUUGCCACUGAAUGCUUUUAACAUUAUCAAUGAUUUUAACCAGCAAAUGGAGAAAUGGGGAUUCUACUAUCUAAUUUUCUUCAUGGCGCACGCCGUAGCUAUGUCGUCGACAUGCUACAACCCAUUUCUGUACGCUUGGCUCAACGAAAAUUUCAGAAAAGAAUUCAAACAGGUACUGCCUUGUUUCGAUGGAGCGUCCAGACGAGUUCCUGCCUGCAGGUUCGAGAAUUGGAGGUCCGAAAGAACUUGUAACGGUAAUAAUGAAACGCAGCAGGAGUCUUUGCUUCCGUCUUCUGGGGUACACAGAGCGUUGUCUUUCAGGGAACGCAAACCAACGCCUCCUCCUUUGAAGACGGAUAGCGUGGAAAUGGAGAAUAUUAUGGUACCGUCUGUAGGUGCUGUAUACGACUCUUCGUCUGAUAUUGUUAGGUUGAAGUUGAUUACUGAAGAAGAACCUCCGCCUUAUGAAGCACCACGUGCUAAGCCUGAGGAGUAA